CAUAAAUUGCGGGCCGCGGUGGAGUGGAGGUGUGAGGGUCGCGUGGUAGUGCUGCGUGGGCGGCAGCGGAGCGGGAGCCGACUCCUUCUUCCCCCCCCCCUCCUCCUCGCGGGUUCCGUUAAGUGCCGCAGCCGUUGGCCGGGAGUCGUUUGUCACCAGUCGUUCGCCGCCAGACAUCCGCUGCUCGUCGCCCAGGAUGGAUGCUAAAAAGAAAAUCACAGCACCUCUUAUCUAUGCUGUUUCCAUUGCUGCCAUUGGAUCUCUUCAGUUUGGGUACAAUACUGGUGUCAUCAAUGCUCCUGAGAAGAUCAUCCAACGGUUCUUCAACAGCACGCUAUCAGAACGGAGUGGGGAGGCUGUGUCCUCAGAGCUCCUCACCUCUCUGUGGUCCCUUUCUGUGGCCAUCUUCUCAGUAGGAGGUAUGAUUGGCUCCUUCUCAGUCAGUCUGUUCGUCAACAGAUUUGGAAGGAGGAACUCCAUGCUACUGGUGAAUGUCUUGGCCUUUGCUGGUGGUGCCCUCAUGGCCUUCUCUAAGAUGGCAAAGGCAGUGGAGAUGUUGAUCAUUGGCCGCUUCAUCAUUGGCAUCUUCUGUGGUCUGUGCACUGGCUUUGUGCCCAUGUACAUCAGUGAGGUCUCACCUACCAGCCUCCGUGGAGCCUUUGGCACCCUGAACCAGCUGGGCAUUGUUGUAGGGAUCCUGGUGGCCCAGAUUUUUGGCCUGGAGGCAAUCAUGGGUACUGAAACACUUUGGCCACUGCUUUUGGGGUUCACAGUCCUCCCAGCAAUCCUGCAGUGUGUGGCUCUUCUUUUCUGCCCUGAGAGUCCCCGUUUCCUAUUGAUCAACAAGAUGGAGGAAGAGAAAGCACAAGCAGUUCUCCAGAAACUCCGUGGUACACAAGAUGUGUCUCAAGAUAUCCUGGAGAUGAAAGAAGAGAGUGCUAAAAUGUCCCAGGAAAAGAAAGCAACUGUUCCAGAGCUUUUCCGUUCUCCCAGCUACCGUCAAGCCAUUAUCAUUGCCAUAAUGCUGCAGCUCUCCCAACAGCUCUCAGGCAUCAAUGCUGUAUUCUACUAUUCUACAGGUAUUUUUGAAAGAGCAGGUAUCACACAGCCUGUGUAUGCCACUAUUGGAGCUGGCGUGGUAAACACAGUCUUCACUGUUGUGUCGCUGUUCCUGGUGGAGCGUGCAGGUCGCAGGACUCUCCAUUUAGUUGGCUUGGGUGGCAUGGCUGUGUGUGCUGUUCUUAUGACCAUUGCUUUAGCUCUGAAGGACACUGUGGAGUGGAUAAGAUACAUCAGCAUUGUUGCCACUUUUGGUUUUGUGGCUCUUUUUGAGAUUGGCCCUGGUCCUAUCCCAUGGUUCAUUGUGGCAGAACUCUUCAGCCAGGGCCCACGGCCUGCAGCCAUGGCAGUGGCUGGUUGUUCCAACUGGACCUCUAAUUUCUUGGUUGGAAUGCUCUUCCCCUAUGCAGAGAAACUAUGUGGCUCCUAUGUCUUCCUCAUCUUCCUUGUUUUCCUGGUCAUCUUCUUUGUCUUCACAUUCUUCAAAGUGCCAGAGACCAAGGGCAGGACUUUUGAAGACAUCUCCAGGGGCUUUGAAGGACGAUCACCAUCUGAUCCCACACCAUCUGUAGAGAAGAACCCCAUGGUAGAACUGAACAGCAUACAAACUGACAAAGAACAUGCCUAAGAUUUGUGACACACCCGUUUUUCGACUCUUACAUGCUUAGAGUCAUUAAAGGAAUGAGCAAAGAAAACCAUGAGAACUGGGACAUUUUUCUCUCCCCCUCAAUUGCUGCUAUUUUCUUUUUUGCACCCACAUAGUUGCCUGUUCUGCCAGACUUAAAUCUGAUAUGGGUGAUCCCCUUUUCAUGUUCUGGAAGGCACCUGGCACUGGCAAAAGUAAUCUCAUCUUCCCUGUCAGAAACAUCAGGAGAACAGAGAAGAGCUGGCAAUGUUUUUGCUUUUCUCACCUGUAAUUGCUAUUUGGGUUAACAUUCUUAGGCAUGCAGUGACAGUUAUUGUAUUUGAAUCUAAUUAUUAUUUUUGUAGUGAGCUGAAGUGGCCCACUAAACAAGUCCCCAUCCCUUUGAGUCUAUACUCUCUGUGUGUGUGUGUGGUGUUACACUGGAAUUUAAACAAGCCUACCAAAAAGCCAUCUCCUUGUUUUUUUCCUAUCCAGUGUGCACUUUCUUCAGCCUCAGGAAAAAGGGGACCAAGUUACAUGCAUAUUUUUUUCCUGCUCUUUUAUUUUUUGUGUAGACAGACUGAAAGCAUACUUUUACUUAGGUUUAUUUAUUUGUAUGUCACUUUGUAAAUAUUUAUUUUUUUAAUGGUGUACAAAAAAUGUACAGAUAGUGAGAUGGAAGAUGUUUAAGAGAAAUAGUUAUUCUAACAAAAGAUGCUUCAGACUUGAGGUGCAAUAAGACUGUAAAGGAGAAAUGUGGUACUGAAUGAGAUAUUGGGCAUUUUUGGAUGUUAUAUACAACAUAGCCAAAUAUGCACAUCGCCUUUAAGUUAAUUUUUGCCUGCUGGAAAGAAAUGCCAAGAAUUGCAUACUAGUGAGAAAAGGUAUGUUUGUUUGUCCAUCAAAAUUUGUUUGGUUUUUUUGGUGGCAGUUUUAAAUGUUGUUCCUAAGUGUUGGUUGGAGACUUUUGCUCUCUUGGGGCAAAUGGGUGUUUUUAGUUUAUAUUUUCAGUCGUGGUUAAGCAUUGUAUUGGGAUGAUUGAGAGUGGUGUUUGCAAACCAGAAGGUAACAUUUCCUGCCUUCUAUUUUUUUUUUUUGUUUGUUUCUCUGGUGUAUUCUAGUAAGCCAGAGUCUGAAAUUUGCAGAUUGUUACUUGAAGAUGUGCAAGGACAAAACUGUGUUUUCAAAAACUGUGUUUUCAUAGCAAUUCUUAUAUUUGACCAAGGUGUAUAGCAUGACCCUUGUGGACUUGGAUGUGGUCAGUUGUGGCAUAUAUAAGAUCAUAAAGGUAUAGAUACAGGACUAUAGGCCGGAGAUACUGGAACUUCUGUUAGCUUAGUGUGAAAGGUCUGUAGCAUGAAGUUCACUGGUUAGUUGCAGGCCAAGUGUUUUUCUUGCCUCAUGUCCUCUCUGGAAGGCAUUUGUGAUGUUGUGGUGCUCACCAGUGUUCAGUGUGUUUUGUAGAUGUGUACAGCUCUGUAAUAGUGCCUCUGUUUAAAGGCAUAUGGCAGACAGUCAUUGUACAUCAGUGAAUAUUGAUCUUCCUGCUUGUCAUACUGCUAGGCAAUUAAGAGUAUGUAUAUGUCUACCCUUGCUGCCAAACUUAGUACAGUUUAGGAAGGCAAAAAGUAGCACAUACAGUAUACUUGAAACCAGGAGAUGGGAGAUUUGUUUCACUGACUGUAGCACUCUGCAGAGACUCCAGGCCUGUGUCUGUCCAGACCCACAUGAGCUACCAAAAGGUACCACAUAGAUCCAACUUACACUCCUGCUUUAUGAUCCUCUUCAUUUUCAGACUUGAUCAGACUUGUGCCAACCUGCAAACUCAUGCUGGAGAUUGAUAGGCAUCCUAGUAGAGAGAUAGGGCCCCAGAUUUCAAGAUGGGUAAAAAGAAAGGCUCAGAAAUGCACGAAUGACGGCAAAAUUGUAGCAUGGAUAGCCUAAGCUUUCUUGACAAUGGAUACUUCAGAGCAGGUCAGAAAAGUUCACAUUGAUGUAUUGUCUGGGGGAGCAUGUCUGGUGUUUUCAGUAACCAGGGUGAUGAUACUUCUACUUUCCUUAAUGAAAAAUGGUUGCAAAAAUAAGUAACGUUUGCUGCUGUGAAAUACUUCCUGGAACUUCAUUUGAAAUCCUCCAGCUUUGUACAACACAAUCUUAUUAGAUCCAGGUUUCCCUAGCUUUCUAUCAAGAUUCCAUGCCAAAGAUUUUCAGAAGUUUUAUAUAGACUUCUUUCCCAGCUUUUCACCUUUUGGCUCAGUUAUACAGAUUUCUGUGCUCUUCCUUUGACCUUUCAGCACUCCCAGAGAUGAGACUUCUAUCUGGGCAUCUAUGUGUUGGGAAAUUCCCAUUAUAACUGUGCAUAAGAGCAUUCCAUACUUCACAUCAGAGAUGAAUGUUGGCUUGGACUGAAAUGUGUAGGUCUUUCUCACAUGGUAUAUCUUUGUUACUUUUUUCUUCUGUAACAGCAUUGUGAAUAUUUUGGAUGGGUUUUAUAUGCUUAUUAAUGUGGUUGUUCCUUGUUUUUUUAAAAUAAACUAUAGAACUAA